GCUGGAUGUUUGACUGGUUCAGACAGGAGUCAGUGUCUUCUCCACCUCAGCUCAUCAGAACCAAUGAACCAGAUGGAGUCCUCAGAGUCUCAGAGGGAGGUGUGUACAGCUGCAGAGGAGGAAGAGGAGAUCCAGUUUUUCAUACAGAAACAAGCAAUGAAAUCUCUGUUCUGAAAACUGCUAAGCUUGUCCUCUCUGUGUCUCCAUCAUGGCUGAGUCCUGGAGCCUCAGUGACUCUGAGCUGUGGGGGGUUCCAGCAUCCAUCUGCAGGAUGGAGGUUCUUCUGGUAUAAAACCGUCCCUAAACCACCCAGCAGCUCCUACAGCUUUGAUCUGAUGCCUGGCAGCACUAGUGGGACUGAAGAGAACUCCUACCUCAUUAAUGGACAGAAUCACGCAGCAGGAUAUGUGUGCAGAGCAGGAAGAGGAGAACCAGUGAUUUACACUGAUUACAGUCAACCAAAGUUUGUCUGGUCUGCAGACUCUCCUCCAGCAGCUUCCCUCUCAGUGAGUCCUGACAGAGUUCAACAUUUUCUCCAUCAGUCUGUCACUCUGAACUGUACUGGGAACAAAACUCAGUGGAGAGUGAAGAGCUUUCCAGAACCAGUCAGACCAUCAUCCAGUCAGUGCUCCUGGAGGACAAUGACUGGAUCCUCAUGUACCAUCAACUUACUGCAGCAUCACAGUGGAGUGUACUGGUGUGAGUCUGGAUCAGGAGAUUUCAGCAACGCAGUCAACAUCACUGUACAGAAUAAUAAUGGUCUUAUCCUGGUGAGCCCCGUCCAUCCUGUGGCUGAGGGAGAUCCUGUUACUCUGAGCUGCAGAGAUAAACAACUAAAGCUGCUCUCCAAGGUGUUUUUCUAUCACAAUGACAAACCGCUCCACAAUGACAGCAGAGAGGAGCUGAAGAUCUCUGCAGUGUCAAAGUCAGACGAAGGUUUCUACAAGUGUCAAUAUUCAGGAAAGGAGUCACCACAGAGCUGGAUGUCUGUUACAGUGUCUCUGUCCAGUCCAAUCAGCUCUUCAUUUCCUCUGCUGUUCAUCGUUAGAUCAAUUAUUGGAAUCCUCGUCAUUAUUCUCCUGAUCUUCUUGUUGUGCUACAGACGUUCCAAAGAUUCAUGCUGCAUCAGCUUCAAGCUGUCAGGAAGCAGCAAUCAAAGCUCCAACAGAAAUGAUGCAGCCAACCAGCCAGAAAGUCCUGAAUACAACUCUCUUCUUCUGGGUGAUGUUCAACUCUGUGAGUCACUUAAAUCCCCUGGAGCUGCAGCAAAUGGAACAUGGAGUGCUGCAGCAACAGAUGAUCCAGAUUACACAGAGAUUGAAUCAGGAGGAGCUCUGGAGUAACGAUGCUGCCAUGGAGGCUGAAAGCUCAGCUGGUUGAAGCUGCAGCGUAUGAAAUAAACUCAGCUACAAGACAGUGAAGAAAGUUACUGAAUUAUCCAAAGUAUUUCUCCAUUAGUCCCUACAAGAGGAUUUAGUUCAAUAUAUCAAUGUAGUUUCAUCUUGUGGUCUUUAAUCAUUUUGAGUGUGAUGUGCAUGUUUGAGAGGACUUCUACGUAAGUAUAACUUUAAACGUAAAUAUCUCUAAUUAUUCUGUUGUUGUAGUUAUUAAACACCUGCAGUAAGUUUAUAGCCAGCAGGUGUCACUGUGUCCUCAGUGCCCAGCCACAUCCCUGUUUACAUUUUUCAAUAAACCAGUUAAACAGUUAUCCUGCCUCCAUAGUUGUUGCCUUGUUUGAAAUCUGAGAUUUUUCAGACAUUAUAACAAUAGAUGGAUGAAUGUAUAGACAAACAGUCUGUUGCAGAGCAAAAUGCGAGU